AUGGCGGAAAAAGUGGAAUCGAUGGACCCUCAUCGUUUCGACGACUUGUUCUAUGCAUUUAAACAAUUGUUUAUGCACAGAAGUUUGGUUGAAAUAUUCUGGUCUGAAAACUUCUCCAAGAUGAAUUUCCAACGGUUGUCUGCGUUCCCCAUAGACGUCGUGCGUCCUUACGUGCAGCGAAUGUUGCGGGUACACGGAUCGGGACCGUUGCUGCACACCAUCAUCGCAGCGAACUUUGAGUGCAAACCAAUGCCGUCCAACACUGAACAGUUCGCUUUCAUCGUGGCCAGUAAAACAACUAACAAUAUUUAUUCUAAGAUAGAUAAAUUGGGGCUGAUAUCUGCGUGUGGCUUGGACAAUCAAAUGUUGGUAGAUCAUGAUAAGUACCAUUGUCUUCGAUGUGGAGUUUCCAUACAGGGAAUGGAAUUGGACAUUAUCGAAUCGCUGCAAAUGCAUGCUAUGGUCUGUGAGAUGUUGAUUGAUCGUAGAUAUCUCGAGCCGCUGAAGAGUUUUUGGGCUGAGUCCGACCAAAAGGCGUACACGAAUUUCUUACAUAAAUCACUGGCCCAGACCAUGCUCACGAAGCUGGGCUUGUUAAUUCCUAGACCAAGACUGUUUGACCAUCUGCCGUUAUCGGCGAUCUUGAGCAACAGGAUCGAUUCUUUAAGCAUGGUAUUGGUGAAACGCAGGCGUCUGCUCUUGGAUGACGAAGCGUUAGACAGGAUAGCACAGGCCGGAUACCACGCGGAUUUCAACAAUAGAUUGCCAUAUGAUGAGAGGAAAAGAGAACACGAACAAUUUACACGAACCCCGGUUGACAAAAGAAAAAUCACGUGCUUUUAUUGCUAUCAUGAGGUCACUUUGAGCGUCGAAUUUGUCAGUGACCCAUGGAGGUACCACGCCAUGAAGUCGCCUGCAUGCUUGUAUUUGUUGAUGAAUAAGGGCUCCGAAUACAUUAAACAGAUAGAAGAAUCGAAGUACGACUUGCGCUCGAGAAAAAAUAAAAUAGAUCGAUACAAGGCCAUAAUUGAUCCCAAGUUGAAUUUGCGGCCGCCAACUACUCCUAUGGGGGAGUUGUUCGAUCUGCGCGAAGGAGUCAUGGAACGAAAAAAAACGGAGUUGAGAGUGGCCUUGUCGUCGACCAAAGUUCCUUCAUGCGUCGUGUGCUUCGUCAAAUUGCGCACCGUCGCUCUGAUGAGGUGUUUACAUUUCGCGACCUGCGGGAAUUGUUCGUUCUCAAUUCAUAAAUGCCCCUUCUGCAGAAUACCAAUCACCGGCUACAUGAUGCCAGUGUAUCAGCCCGACGGUUCGUUCUGGAAGCAGCCCGACUGUGUUGGCGGAAAUUAUUUUUUGAACCUGCCGUGCUGCCACUUGAUAGAGUCAUGUGUGCCAAACAACGUCGAUCGGUGCCCAAAAGCGGAUGCCGUGGAAGAGGACGAAAUCUAUUGCGUCGUGUGUGGUGACUCAAAGCUGGGCAAAUUAAGGCUCUACAUGUAA